CUCUGAGAGGUAUGUGGAAGUCCGAGUCCGUUCAGGCUAACGGCAUCCACCUGGCUUAGAAACCUCUAGCUUAUUGUUUUAAAUGUUUUCUAGUAUUUUCUUUCGACGUAUAUUUCAUUUUCAGCCCAAAUUAUCAUACACAUACCUAUAUUGUUUACAUUAAAUAGCCAAUCUUAGACAUUUCUGGAGCUUUCUAGAGCUACACUGCGGCUGUCACAGACAUCAGCGACACCUCCUCUCAGGUAUCAACUGAAAUGUCAUGUGACGUGUCCCGUCCGCUCGUCCUGACGUCGCUCUCAUCAGGGAGGUGAAGGAGAAUACAUGUAGAAAUGUAGCUGUCUUCCUCAGACAGCAAAACACUCGGCUCCAGCUCUGUCAUCACCGCGACUUGUCACGAUGCUGCAUGCACUGGGGAUGACGCUGGUCUUCUGCACCACACUCAUUCACACACAAAGCCUGGAGCUCUUCAACUUCACCAAGGAAGAUGCACUCACUUGCAGCGAGGAUCUUACUGAUUGUAACAUAAAGCCAGGUGAUAUAUGCCUUUAUCACGAUGACAGAGUUUACGUGAGUGGUCUUUCUGCUCAGGCUCUGUUGUGCAGUAGUCAUAAAGGCUUGCGUCCAUGCUUAAGAAUCCGGAUUAACAUUACAGCUGCAGGUUUGCCCUGUUUUUCUUCAGGAAUCCACGAGGAAAUAUCUCUGUCUGGAGAAGAUAGCUAUAAUGACCGAAGGAGUGAGAACAGGUCAAAAGAGCAUGGAAGUGGCCUGGAACCACCUGUUUCCACAUCAAUGUCUGUCCAAGUGUGUUACCAGGGCCCAGACUUCUCAGGUUCAGAAGAGCUCACUUUCACACUGGCCUCCUCAGAUGACCAGACAGCACAGAUGUGGAUGUCAUUAAUAGUAGAGCUGAGGGAAGAUGAUUUUGGCAGUACAGUCACUGUCUUCUCUUCAAACACUCAUAAACCCAGCUUCACAAAAGACAUCAAGAUGCCUGCAAUAGACAAAGUUUGUUCUCAAGGUCUGGCCAUUGCACAGUGUAAAGUACCCACUUUAUAUCCGGAAAUUAACCCAAAAACAGGAAUGGCAGAACUACGCGUGGGUGAUCUUCCCAAGGAUGAAGUUCAUGAACUUCAGGCUUGCCAGAGGAUGGAGAAAGAUGGACCAUGUUUAAGACUGGAGUGGAAGGAGAAUCCACUGAUGAUUCCAAUGAGCUCUGUCGCCCCCUGUCUCUGUUUUCAGAUUUGGUGGAAGGAUGGACCUCGAAAGACGUUUUGCCCAUUUCUUAACAAGACAGUUCUCUCUGUCUCUAAUAUAUCUGUGUCUGUGAUGGAGUCGUUGACUUACCAUAGUGGAAUGGUUCGAAACAGCACUGCUCUUGUUUGGAACAUCACUGCCCCCUGCAGACUGGAGGCUGAUAUUCAUCUCUGCAAGAAAACUUCAGGCUCUAACGAACACUGCCAUGUAACAGAUGAUCUGCGGAACAGCAGGCAUCAUGUACACAGCCAUCAGCAUCCAAAAUGGAACUUGGUUAAUAAGCAGCACUGGCAAAUUCAAGGCGAGUUUGCUGGAGUGGAACGUCACCCUUCACUCUGUGUGCAGAUAAAGGUUAAAGGAAUUGAAGGCCAUUUUGACCCUGUCUGCCCUUUUGAAACUCACAGAACACAUUGGAGUUUGUUUCUGUUGGUAUCUGUGCUUGUCAUGUGUCUGGCAGUUUUGGGAGCCUAUGUUCUCCAGGGAUUAGUCAAGGCAGGUUGGAUAUUCAAAUGGCUGAAAAUGGAUAGCAUCAGCAUUUCCUCUCUGUGUCUCUCUCCAGGUAGAGUAGGAGAUGGUCAGGUGGUGCUCUUGUACCCUCCAGAUGCAGACAGUGCUGUCGCAGUGCUGGUGUGUCAUCUAGGUUCGGCUCUCUCCUCGCUGGGAUUCGGCGUCUCUUUGGAGUUGUGGAGCCGCGAGGAGCUGAAUGCACUCGGCCCCGUACCCUGGUUGCACUCACGUCUUCAUCGCAUGCAGUGCCAUGGCGGCAAAGUGGUACUCGUGCUCACCCCUGCCGCUUGGGCACGAGCAGAGGAGUGGUGUCGAAGCAGAGGAGAGAAGACAGAGCGGCGAGAGAACUACUCCGAUGUUUUCAGUGCCUCGCUCAGCUGCAUUCUUGCCGAUUACCUGCAGGGCCGUGCCGGAGAACGCUUUGCCUUGGUGCAGUUUGAAACACAACCGGCCGAACCCCCAAAUGAAAGGGGAUCCAUGCCUGAGCUUUUUCGUGGUCUUCCUCUUUUCAGCCUGCCUUCUCAGAGCUUGGGAUUUCUGACUGAGAUCACUCAUGGAGCUCACAAAGGACAAAAAGAAAACGAAAGAGCUGAGAGCAGAAGAACACGGGCCAGUGUUUUGAGAGCAGGAGCACGAAUUUUAGCUGGAACAUUGCGAGAGCUAACAGGGGGAGCAGGAUACAAGUUAGCGGAGGUUUCUCAGGAUUGCAUAGGGUUAGAGAAGGACGACCCAUGGAUCACUAUACCUCUGACGCUAGAGCACUUGACUCCACCUGCUAGUCCUGAGUUACACAGUGAGAACAGCACUGUCAACUGAUGACCUGUAAAUGGGCUGGAAAAAAACCUCAGUGCAUAAGUUUCGUCUUAACUCUGAUGUUCAGUUUUUAACUAAGCAAAUACAUGUCCCACUGAGCCAGGCCAUGUUUUGCAGCUUCUCCCUGUGUUUGUGUCUGUUUCCUCCAGGUUUUCCAGUUUCCUCUUACUGUCUUGGCUAUGCUAGAAUGACCCCUGGUGUGAAUGAGUGUGUAAAUGCAUAUGCACUGUGAUGGAUGGCAUUCAUUCAAUCCAGGGGGAUAUUUCUUGCCUUGUGCCCAGUGUUGCCGGAACAGAGUCUGAAUCCCCAACACCCCUGUCCAUGACAAAUCGAUCACUGAAGAUGAAUGAAUAAAAAUAUACAAUAUUUCUUAUACUCAAUUCAGUAGUAAGAGGAGAUAUAAUUUAUGCCAUAUGAUGCAGACUGUAGCUCUUGGGUGCUUAGAGGAGUUCCUUAUUUCUUUCACCAGAUUUUACCGGGUUAAAUGUUGCUGAAUGCAAAUCUAACCAAACUAAAACUAGACCCGAAAUGGCCAGCUUUCUUUCUUUCUUUCACAGAACAUUGCUGAUAUGGCUUGUACCUGAGAUGAUCUAACCAUUUAACAAUUUACAUUAAAUAAAGUGAAAUUAUUAUUGCUGUGAAAUCAAACAGGUACUUUGGUUCAAUGGGACAUGAGUUAUGAAGCAGUAAACCAGGGUUAAGAAGUUGUUGCUGAAUUGUUCAUUUGUACUAUAAGCUUUCAUUAAGACGCCACCAGAAUUAUAAUCUUCUGUGUAUGCUGAAAUAUGUUUGGUUGUUCAACAUCAGCCAGUUAUGAUACACAAAUGUCAUCUAGGACAGACAGGGAAUAAAUGAUGUUCCUUUUUUUUUGUAUGCUGUCCUUAUGUGAGUUUGUAAAUAGUAAUCGAGUUUGUAAAGGGUGUUGCAUUUGUGUGUGUGUGUGUGUGGUUUUUUUUCCAGGUUAUUCCGAAGUGCCUUCUGUUUACCUUAAAAAAAAAAUAA